AUGGACGCCGGAGAGCUCCUUGGAAUCGAACCCCUGGAGCUCAGGUUCCCCUGUAAGCGAUCCUCGGCCCUCUGUCUCCUCCCCUACCUGAUCCAUCACUCUAUCUGGGGCUCGGAGAUUUGAUGCCUCGUGUGGGUUUUGAUUUGAUUUCCUGCUUUGUGUGGGAGAAGUCGAACUGAAGAAGCAGAUCUCGUGUUCCCUCCAGCUCUCCAACAAGACGGACGAGCAUGUUUGCUUCAAGGUGGUCAUUGCAGACUCCCCCCCCCCCUCCUUCUCGCUUCUCGCAAACCCUAGGAGUUCUUGCCUUCUGAUCCAGCAACAUUUUCCCAAAUUUUGCCACUGCUCGUCUAGGUCAAGACGACGAAUCCGAAGAAAUACUGCGUUCGGCCGAACACCGGGAUCGUGCGGCCUCGUUCGACAUGCGACAUCAUCGGUAUCUCUCUCUCUCUCUCUCUCCCUGUUCUUCCCUGUCUCGCAGAGCUGUUGAUCCUUCUACGGCUGGAAUGAAUCUCUUCCAUUGCUGUUCGUUCUGGUGGCUUGCCAGUGACAAUGCAGGCACAGAAAGAUGCUCCCGCCGACAUGCAGUGUAGGGACAAGUUCCUCGUCCAAAGUGUCGUCGCAGGCUCGGUUACCACCGUCAAGGACAUAACCUCAGAGAUGGUAAUUUCUCUUCUUCUGCCCUAAUUUUGCUGUGAUCAUGGGCUUGCAUGAUGCCAUCUGCAGCGGCGGAGACCAACGUGAGGCCGGUUUUCUGUGCAGUUCACGAAGGAAUCGGGGAAUCAUGCGGAGGAGUUCAAAUUGAGGGUGGUCCUUGUGCCUCCGCCUAAGCCGCCGUCUCCUGUUCGAGAGGGAUCUGAGGAAUCCUCUCCCAGGGCUUCGCUUUCUGAAAAUGGCGCGCUGAGCUCUUCAGAAAAGGCUGCGGUGAGCAUCUUUCUUGGGGUUGGUUUCUGGGAAGGAAGCGGUGGCUGACGAUGGUUGUCGGAAUUGCCGCAGGUUUCAAGGGCACCAUCCUAUCUACAAGAAAACUCAACCGAGGUAAAAUUCUCCACUUUUUUUCGUUAUUUCUGGCGCUUUGGUCAACGUAUGACUGCGUUGACCCUGUUUGGGUUUCUGUUGCUUUCGUUUUCCCUGGAUCGAUCUUUCCCUACUCAAAAGCUUUUCGCGGAGCAGCAUUGAGGAUUGACUCUGGGUAAUUCUUCCGAGGGUAAAUUCCUUUGGUGAGAUUCUGAAUGGGUGGGGAGGGGGAGGAAGUGGGAUGAAUCUCUGUGAACGUUGACUUUUGCUGCUAAAAACUCAACAUUUUUGCGUUGUUUCUCACUAUCUUAGUUCCCUCCCAUAUUGAAAAAAAGUAUUUAAAAAUAAGAUGAAAACAUUCUAGCCAAUAUGGAACAGAAAUUCUAAAAAAAAUAAAAUCCACGUAUUUAUCUUAAAUAGCAUGAUUUCACAUUUUAAAUAAAUUUAAUUUGUCUGGGCGUCGUACGGAAAGAGGCUAGCUGGCAGUCGGUUGUUUAGUCAUCUACAUCAUUACCUGUCCAACGAUUCUUCCCAGAACUUUGACUUGAACUCGUCGUUUGAAUGCAGUGGCAGUCGCAUAUGCUUCGCUAGAAGACGGAUUUAAAAUAUUAGCGCUGCGGGCCAUUUUUUUUCUCGAAAUUUCAUGCUUCACUGGCUGACUAGAAAUACCGGGAUUUACUCUGAAAAGUCAACGUCGUUAUUUUGUAGCUAAUAUUUGUUUAAUCCGUGCCUCAGUCUCUGGCCCUGAUUUCAAAGCUGACUGAUGAGAAGAAUUCCGUCAUCCAGCUGAAUAAUAAGCUUUCCCAAGAACUGGUGAGGAUUCUUGCAAUCUGUUUAUAUCUAAAGAUGUAUUUGUUUUUUUAUUUAUUUUUCUAUUUAUGGGCCAUCGCCGUUGACUCUUUUUCUGCGUAAGCCUUUUGUUCCUCCUCACUGUCAUGGGAGAAGGCUUUAUCUGCUCUCAGGCUCUCCUCUCCCUGGCCUGCGGAGGGGACUACCACCCCACACUGUUCUUGCCUUCUAUCGUGUACAGUCUUCCUCUCAUCCGUAUCAUGAUCUCCAGCUACCCAUUUGACCGGAUCGAGAGGAGAGAGAUUGUGGGUGAUGACAGCCUCAAAAGACGGCAGCUGAUAUCAUUCUGUUCCUCCAAGAUCCUGGGAACCCUGUUGGAUGGAUGCCCUAUAGUCCUUGAGCCUGAUUAGGGUGUUUGUUUCUUCAGCUUUCCCCUCAUCCGUAUCAUCUAUUUCCAGCUACCCAUUUGACCGGAUCGAGAGAAGAGAGAUUAUGGGUGAUGACAGCCUCAAAAGAUGGCAGCUCAUGUCAUUCUGUUCCUCCGAGAUCCUGGGAACCUUGUCGGAUGGAUGCCCUAUAUAGUUCCUGACUCAAAAGAAUGAGGGUGAUUAACCGAAAUUAUCUCCUCAGAUCUCAUCAGAAUCCCCAUCCGCAGUGACAUAUGCGUACACGUGCAGCUGUUCUGGUGUUUUUGGGGCUGAUUAGCUCGUGUUCUUCGCUUGUUGCAGGAGUUUUUGCGGCGGGAAUCAGGUAGAAAGAGGGGGCGAGGUUUCUCACCCGUGUUCGUGGCGCUGAUGGCGGUUGUGGGGAUCAUCUUGGGCUAUUUCCUGAAGAAGUGA